AGUGUAAUUUUAAUACUCCAUUGAGCCUAUAUAAAUAGUCAAAACGAUUCUCCAUUAGAUACAUUCGAUAGUUAAUACUCGAACCGUAUUAUUUCCGCGUAUUUUUCGGCAUUUGGUGAUAAUUAAUUAAUAAUGAAUUCUUUCUUAGCUCUUUUAAUUUGCGCGAAUGUGGCGAUCAUGGUAUCCCUUGUUCUGGGACAGGAGUUGAAAGUACACGAUGGUGAGCCGCUGGCCUUUGACGAUGUAACUGAAAAACCCAAGCAUUGGGUGACUCUGCGAGACGAAAAAUUUCUUCAAGAUUGCCAGGAUGAACUUAACAUUACUCGACGUUAUAAUAUUAAAGCUUUGCGUGUCAACUGGGUUCCAACAAAAAGAACGCAUGUCUGCCUCCUAGAUUGUUACUAUUUUAAACUGGGAAAGCUCUAUCAGAAAAAUAAUACAGAAUUUGUCGAAUAUGCGUUUGUCGACCCGCCUGAUUUCGAUUUCUAUCAGAACGAGACGUCUGCAAUUAUGAAAAAAAUGUAUGAAUCGAUCAACCUUUGCAAACAAUUUCUUUUGAAUCAUCGUAUAGAGAGGUGCACUUUUAUGUAUCAAUACAGACAUUGCGUUGACAGCCAUCAAAGAAAUAGAGACGACGUCGAGCUCCUUGGCACCAGACUUGGUUGAACCUAUCGUACGUUUGCUAUUGGAUAUUUAUAUUUUUACGAGGCGUUUGUUUAUAUGUAUUUUGGAGCAGCUUUGUAACUUUUUCUAUAAAUUUUAAUAUAUUUUGUCAUGAAUAGGUAUGGUAACAUAAAUUUUAGAAUUUUAUGUGACACAGUUUUGUUCGUUAGACUAAGGUAUACUUACCAUACUACCUACUUAUGUAAUACUUGAAUAAUUUUUUUUUCUUUUUAAAUACGUAUCUACUAUACUGAGAAUUUGUGAUUUGAUUUAAAUUGGUUUAUUGUUUAU